UGACAAAGGUCUUUUUGCCCCUUUACAGAAAUGGUUUUGUUGCCCUGGCGAUGGGUGAAGCCAGUGUCUAUCUGCCCCCACCUGGUGCCUGGUCGCUGCCCUCUCCGUAUCAAGUCCCGGCUCUGGCAUUGUCUGAUCCGGUUGCUGCUGGUGACGGUACUGCUCCUGGUGCUAGCCGUGGUUGCCGCUUUCACUGCCGGCCCCUUGGAGGAGUGGUUCCUGCGGCCUGGCGUGCUCCCCCCUCAUGACUGGGAGGGUUCGGGAGCAGGAAGGGAGGGAUACACUGGCUUCAAUUGGCGUGGGCGCGACUCUGCCUACCAGCUGACCAACCCAGAGGUCUGUGCCGGGGACGCCCCCUUCCUGGUUGGCCUGGUGAUGAGCAAGCCAGCGCAUUGGGAUAGCCGCCGGGCCAUCCGCGAGAGCUGGGGCUCAGUGCAGGAGGUGGCUGGCCACACCGUGAGGACUCUCUUCGCUUUGGGGCAUCCAUCGUCGCCCCAUGAGCAGGAGCUGAUUGACCAGGAAGCGGAAACCUACCGGGAUGUGGUGCAGGGCCGUUUCCAGGAUUCCUACCUGAACCUAACCCGGAAAACCCUCAUGAUCCUUCACUGGUUCACCAGCUACUGCCCCCAGAGCCAGUUCCUCCUCAAGGUCGAUGACGACGUUUUCCUCAACUACCACAGGCUGGUCGAGUUGCUGCUAGGCCCCGGCCUCCGCCUCAGCCAGGACCUCUACCUGGGUCGGGUCCACAGGAAGGUCAGGGCAAUCCGGGACCCUUCCAGCCUUUUCUACGUCCCGGAGUCUGUCUUCCAAGCCGACACCUACCCGGACUACUGCAGCGGCACCUCCUACGUUCUCUCAGUCUCCGCUGCCCGCAAGAUCUACAGGGCUGCCCUGUCACUGCCCCUGCUCCCUAUCGAGGACGUCUUUGUGGGUAUCAGUGCCCAGCGAGCUGGGGUGGCUCCCACCCACACGUCCAGGAUGUCUGGGGGCCUACGCUUUCACUUCAGGCCCUGUUGCUACAGAGCCAUCAUCACCAGUCACCACGUCAGUGCCCAGGAGCUGGGCACCAUGUGGACACUGGUCAAUAAUGGUCAGCCCUGCUCGCCCUUUGCCAGGGUCAGUGCCCUCCUUGUCUGCAACCUCCUGAACCUGAGGGACCUGCUUGCAGCUUCCUAGACUGACCCCAUCACCUUCCCACACAACCAACAGGGCACACCGUCCCAGGGUCUGCACAUCGCCGCCGAGCAGCGGGGGGGGAGGGAGGGGGGAGGGAGGCUGCUCCUUUCUUUGCACAUGAACAGUCCUGGACUGUGGGAUUUGCCUCAGUCAGAAUCACAAACCAGAGGGUCAGAUUCUCUGCCAGGGCUCCCGGAUUGAUCGGGCGGGGGGCCUGUUAUUCUGGAUCCUACCCGUCAUCGCAUUCUUAUUCAUCCACCUGAUGGUCCUCAUUACAGGGAGGGAGG